AUGAAUAUGAGCGCUCUGACCCCUGUAGGCAGAGAUGGAAACAACCAGCCAUGUACAUCCAGAAUCUCUUCCGAUCCGGACCACGUGAGAGAGCAGGACAAGCUCCUCCGCUCAGCUCCGAGAGACUGGUUGAUCCUACCUGCACCCAGAUGGAAGCCGACCUCGAAUGGAUCAUUCCACAGGCUGGCUCAGUCGUCACCUGGACCCAGGAGAGUGAGUAGAUUGGUGCUAGGAUUAUAA